UGUGGGUAAAUCAUGGGGGUGAGUUGUAUAAUACCUCGGCUGUGGGGAUGGAGGCAGCCGCGCUCCUCGGGUCAAACCCCGCAUGCAGAGUCGUCUCCUCCUCGCUGUGAUGCAGCGGAUCGUCGGCCUCGCUGCAUCCCCGGAGAUGAGCGUCCUGGCCGGGUGCAGGUCGGGGCUGUGCGCCUGGAGGACGGGCCCCAGCGGCCGCAGGCAGCCGGUCCUGCAGCGGCAGUGGGCGGGUGCGAGUGCGAGUCCUGUGCGUCCUUUCACCGGGGCUGCAGGCCGGGGGCUCUGCCGGCGGAGGGUCGUGUUCGUCGGUCAGAAACCCAGACUCUUCUGCUCCCAGCCCGGAGCCGACGGGCCGGCGGGGAGCUCCGGGCCCCGGCCCCCUAUCUCCGUGGUGGGCAUCCCGGACCCGAUCACAUGGAUCCGGUGUAAGGUCGUGAUGUACCUGGUCCACCUGUACUUCGAGCUGGACCUCCACUCGGCGGAGUUCGACCGAGGAGUGAAACAGGCUUUGGUCCACGUGUCCGACGUGAUGUCCAGUGGCAGAUACCAUCAACUGAGGGGGAUAGUGUCCAAUGAGAUGGUCGAACACAUUGAGAAGAGUUGCAGGUCCCUCACUGAAGCUCAGAGACAGCAGCUCGCUGUCAACGUGGAGGAUAUUAUAUUUCUGAUUCCUGAAGAUGUGUCUGUUGUCUAUGAUCAAUAUGGUAGAAAGUUCUGCUUCGUCGUCAUGAGGUUUUGGCUCCUGACGGCGCACGAAGGCCCCGACGACCCAGAGGCCACACACAUCUUCAGAGUGGCCUCGAGUGAAGACGGCAGCCCACAGAAGAAAAUAGCCACGGCUGUCUAUGAAUUCCAUCGAGAGCUAACGAGGGGGGCGUCUCCCGACUGGACGGUCACAACAGUUUGGCACUGGCACUGGACACUGGCGAAAUAAUUCAACUCAACUCUUGUGAGGACAUUUCUCACUCGUCAUGGACGCACCAGCAGCAGACUUAACUUAUGUAUGUGUGAAAGAAGACGGACAAAGCGAGCAGCAGACUAAAGAGCCACAGCGCUGAAGCAGUGGAGACACCUGAAGACUUCACAUACACCAACCUGUCCUCCUACUUGAAGUUCAUCCUGUGAUCUCCCUCGAUGCCUUUUUAAAGACUUUCCUCUACUGAUUUUACGCAGGUGAAAUAUCCUUGUUUUUAGCUGAGCUACAUGGAUACAAUGAUAAAGUCAUUGGAGGACGACUUAAACUCUUAUUUUCCUGAAAGUCUCUGAAUGUGUUGCCAAGAAAAUAAAAUUU